AUGAACGGCGCCGGCGACCCCGAGAGGGACCAGGCCCUCGAAGAUUACAAAAAGAGCCUUCUGGAGCUCCGAGAAUGGGAGGCAAAGCUGAAGUCGCUUCGCAUGGGGAUCAAAGAUCUGCAGAGGGAGUUUGAUAUCUCCGAGGAGAACAUCAAGGCCUUGCAAAGUGUAGGCCAGAUCAUCGGUGAAGUGCUGAAGCAACUGGACGAAGAGAGAUUCAUUGUCAAGGCAUCGUCCGGUCCUCGAUAUGUUGUCGGCUGUCGCUCCAAGGUUGAUAGAUCGAAGCUGAAACAAGGCACCCGUGUCGCCCUGGAUAUGACCACCCUGACUAUUAUGCGAAUGCUCCCCCGAGAGGUCGAUCCCUUGGUGUACAACAUGUCUUUGGAGGACCCCGGCCAAAUCAACUUUGCAGGCAUUGGUGGUCUGAAUGAUCAAAUCCGUGAACUAAGGGAGGUGAUCGAGUUGCCGCUGAAGAAUCCGGAACUAUUCCACCGAGUGGGCAUCAAGUCGCCCAAGGGUGUCCUACUUUACGGUCCUCCCGGUACAGGAAAGACACUCUUGGCGCGAGCCGUGGCCAGUUCGAUCGAAACCAACUUCCUGAAAGUUGUUUCCUCUGCUAUCGUUGACAAGUACAUUGGUGAAUCGGCACGGUUAAUUCGAGAGAUGUUCGGCUACGCCAAGGAACAUGAGCCUUGCAUCAUCUUCAUGGACGAAAUCGACGCUAUCGGUGGUCGACGAUUCUCCGAGGGUACCUCUGCCGAUCGAGAAAUCCAACGGACAUUGAUGGAGCUUCUCAACCAGCUCGACGGAUUCGACUACCUCGGAAAGACCAAGAUCAUCAUGGCCACGAACCGACCCGACACCCUUGACCCCGCCCUCCUACGAGCCGGCCGAUUGGACCGGAAGAUUGAGAUUCCUCUGCCCAACGAGGUUGGCCGUCUGGAGAUCCUCAAGAUCCACACGAGUACUGUGCAACUGGAUGGUGACAUUGAUUUCGAGAGCGUGGUCAAGAUGAGUGAUGGUCUCAACGGAGCGGAUCUCCGCAACGUUGUCACGGAAGCGGGUCUAUUUACCAUCAAGGAUUACCGGGAUGCAAUCAACCAGGAUGACUUCAACCGGGCGGUUCGUAAGGUGGCGGAGUCGAAGAAACUGGAAGGCAAGCUGGAGUACCAGAAACUGUAA